GGCCGGAGCUCCCAUGGAGGUCGGUGGUAGGACACCUCUCCCGGCAAUUGAUGAGGCACUGCUCACAGGUCUCGUCGACCGCUGGCGUCCUGAGACACACACUUUCCACUUUCCUUUUGGUGAGAUGGCAGUAACACUGCGGGACGUGGCCAUGCUGACCGGGCUGCCAAUCAAGGGUGCCCCGUUAAUAGUUUCGCGACCCGCAAGGGAGCAGUGGAAGGGUUAUGUUGCAGAUAGGUUUGGUGUGCAAUACGACGGGAAGGAUGCUGGCCUCUCCAUGUCCUGGGUUCAUGGGCUGACACAGUUCGGUCCAUGCCCACUGGAUGCGGACGAGAAUACACUUAUGCAACACUAUGAGGUGUACUUAUACGUCCUACUCGGAGGCAUCAUGUUCUGCAACACGGCAGGCGAUUAUGUCGUCCCACAUAUUGUAUGGUUAGCAGCCCACCUCGCGUCACAUCCUUAUGAGCCUACAUCUUACAGUUGGGGAUCUGCAGUGUUGGCUGCAACCUACAGAGGAUUGUGUGAUGCAACCCAGCGAACAAAGAGGAAGGCAACCAUUACAGGGUGCUUACAUCUCUUACAGUUAUGGAGUUGGGAGUACCUCCCGAUUUCCAGACCUUGGGUGCUCAAGUGCUACUACCCAGUUCACAUCUCUGAUGGCAUUGCAGAUGACAUAAGGCCAACGAUGGGGUAUCGGUGGAUUCAUGCCAGGCUAAGAUGGAGUCAGCAGCAAGACCAUGGUAACUACUCCAGGGUGAUAAGUGACCUGGACAUCCUUAGCGCUGAUCUAGUGGAUUGGGAUCCAUGGCGUAUGGCACGAGUAAAAGAAAUUGCAGAUGGUGGACUCCUGGCAUCCUCUUGUAGCCGUGACGCAGACUUAUGGUUGACCACAUGCUUCUUGUUGUACAUGAACUGCGUGGAAGUAUAUUCUCCAGAACGUGUACAGAGGCAGUUCGGGUACCGACAGGUGGUGCCUGUUCCAGCACCACGAGACGCCGGACGGGCGCACGAGUAAGUGUGUUAUUGUAUGUUGCCUUAGUACAUUGGUUAUCCAUGUUAACAAAUUAUAACUGUUUAUGUCACGUACAGGUGGAGCUU